AUGGUUAUAAAUACUGAGGAUGUAUUAAUGGAAGAGUCAUCAAUAGAAUAUGAUGAUCAAGAGAAAAGUGAAUUAAUAAAAGAUCGAAAUAAAGAUGAUCAGAGGAGUUAUAGAGCAUCAAUGAAUAUGGAAAGGCAUAGGGAGUUUAAUGAAAAACAUUCUAAGUUGAAUAAAGCAAAGGCAGUGGAUUCAACGAAAAGGCUUUCAUUUCUCCUUGGGCAAACCGAGCUUUUUCGUCACUUUAUAAAUUUACAAGCAGGCUCAAAUGCAGAUUCCAAAGAUAUUAUUAAUAGACUUUCAGCAGACGACCCGAAAAAGGAAAUAAAUUCUAAAGAUCAUAGACAUCGUAAAACUGAGCAAGAAGAAGAUGCUGAAUUGUUAAGGGAGAAUGAUCCGGAACAGGAGAAUCAAACUAUUUUUACUGAAAGUCCGCCAUAUAUUGUUGGCGGAAAAAUGCGAGACUAUCAAGUCCAAGGACUUAAUUGGCUAAUAUCUUUAUAUGAAAACGGGAUUAAUGGAAUUUUAGCCGACGAAAUGGGCUUAGGGAAAACAUUGCAAACAAUAUCUUUUAUAGGAUAUCUUCGUUUUUUGAAAGGUAUACAGGGGCCACAUCUUGUUGCUGCACCUAAAUCAACUCUUGAUAAUUGGUCUCGUGAGUUUUCUCGUUGGAUUCCAGAGAUUAAUGUUUUCGUUUUUCAAGCUCCAAAAGAUGAAAGGGCUAUUUUAAUCAAUGAACGCCUUCUUACUAAUGAUUUUGACGUUUGCAUUACAUCAUAUGAAACUAUAUUAAGAGAAAAAGUACAUUUUAAAAAAUUUGCAUGGGAAUAUAUUAUUGUAGAUGAGGCACAUCGUAUUAAAAAUGAAGAAUCUAUGCUAUCAAAGAUUAUUCGUUUACUUAAUAGCAGAAAUAGACUUUUAAUUACAGGAACUCCACUUCAAAAUAACUUACAUGAACUUUGGGCUUUAUUAAAUUUUCUUUUGCCCGAUAUAUUUGCAGAUUCUCAGGUUUUUGAUCGCUGGUUUGAAAGUCAAAAUGGCGAUUCCGACACAGUUGUUAAACAACUACACAAAGUAUUACGUCCUUUUCUUUUACGGCGCGUCAAAUCAGAUGUAGAAAGAACACUCAAACCUAAAAAAGAAAUUAAUUUAUAUGUUGGUUUAUCUGAAAUGCAAGUAAAAUGGUAUCAAAAAAUUCUCGAAAAAGACAUAGAUGCAGUCAAUGGUGCUAUAGGAAAAAAAGAAGGCAAAACACGUUUAUUGAAUAUUGUAAUGCAAUUAAGAAAAUGUUGUAAUCAUCCAUAUUUAUUUGACGGAGCAGAACCUGGACCUCCAUAUACAACUGAUGAGCAUAUAGUAACUAAUUCAGGGAAAAUGGUGAUGUUAGAUAAGCUAUUAAAACGGUCAAAAGCUCAAGAUUCAAGAGUUCUUAUUUUUAGUCAAAUGGGCCGAGUACUUGAUAUAUUAGAGGAUUAUUGUUAUUUAAGAGGAUAUAAGUAUUGUAGAAUUGAUGGACAGACAUCUCAUGAAGACAGAAUUAUUGCCAUUGAUGAAUUUAAUGCCCCUGGAAGCGAUAAAUUUCUUUUUUUACUAACCACAAGAGCCGGUGGUUUAGGAAUUAAUCUUACUACAGCAGAUGUUGUUGUAAUAUAUGAUAGUGAUUGGAAUCCUCAAGCUGAUUUACAAGCUAUGGAUCGUGCCCAUCGUAUUGGGCAAACUAAGCAAGUUUACGUUUAUCGUUUUGUGACAGAUAAUACAGUAGAAGAAAAAGUCUUAGAGCGUGCUGCUCAAAAACUUCGUUUAGAUCAACUAGUUAUACAGCAAGGUCGUGCUCAGUUACAAAGUAAAAAUAAUGCAUCUAAAGAAGAACUUAUAACUAUGAUUCAACAUGGAGCUGAAGACGUUUUUAAACAAAAAGAAGGAGGAACUAUAACAGAAGAUGAUAUUGAAGAAAUAAUGAAGAAGGGAGAAAAAAGAACUGCAGAGCUUAACAAGCGUUAUGAAAGUCUUGGAAUAGAUGACUUACAAAAAUUCUCUACAGAUUCUGCUUAUGAAUGGAAUGGAGAAGAUUAUACAAAAAAGAAAAGUAAUGAAGUAACAAUUAAUUGGAUCUAUCCAAGUAAACGUGAAAGAACUCAACAAUCAUACUCUUUAGAUCAAUAUUAUAAGGGUGUUUUAAAAACAGGUGGUCGAACACAUGGCCCUCCUAAAGCACCACGUCCCCCUAAACAGACCAACAUACAAGAUCAUCAAUUUUAUCCUCAAAGAUUAAUUGAUUUACAAGAUCGAGAAACCGCAUAUUUUAGAAAAGAAUUAGGCUAUAAAGUACCUCUUGCAGAUGGAACUCCCGAAGACCUUGAAGAAAGAGAAGCAGACAGGGAUUUAGAGCAAAAGGAGAUAGAUAAUGCAGUUCCAUUAACAGAAGAGGAACAGUUAGAAAAAGAGGAACUUAUUUCUCAAGGAUUUAAUGACUGGCAACGUCGUGAUUUCUAUCAUUUUAUUCAGGCUUGUGCAAAACAUGGACGUAAUUCAUUUAAAGCUAUAGCUCAAGAAGUUGAAGGCAAAACUUUAGCUCAAAUUAAAGAAUAUUCUAAAGUUUUUUGGGAAAGAUAUACUGAAAUUGACGGAUAUGAACGUUAUAUUGGUCAAAUAGAAGCAGGAGAAGGGCGGAUUCAAAAACAAGAUCGUCAAACGAAACUUCUUCAUGAAAAGAUUUCACAAUAUCGUGCCCCAUUACAGCAAUUGAAAAUUAUGUAUAACCAAAAUAAAGGAAAAUCGUAUACAGAAGAAGAAGAUCGAUUUCUUCUUGUUAAAUUAAACGAGUAUGGGCUUGCUACAGAAGAUGUUUAUGAGCGUUUACGAGAAGAAAUACGUAUAUCACCACUAUUUAGAUUUGAUUGGUUUUUCAAAAGCCGAACAGCUUUAGAAUUGCAAAGAAGAUGUGCGACACUUCUUACAUCUGUUAAACGCGAACUUGAAAUGAAUGAGGAAAGAUCAGGUUGGAGGCGUGAUAGAUCAGAUGAUGACGAAGAUGAAGACGAUGAAGAUGAUGAUCUUCCCAAAAAAAAAGUACGGAGUUCUAAUAUAAAAAGUAAACGAGGGAAUGCAAAGUCAAAUAAUAAACAUGCAUUAGAAGCAAACCAUAUCUUUAUAUCUUCAACCCGAGCAUCCAGAAAAAGCAAAUCAAGAAAAUAA